AUGCCUUUCCCCUUUGUCCUCCCGACGACAUCCUCCUUCUCCUUCUCAUCCAGCUUCAGCUCCGACUCACAUCCCUCGCUGCCCCUCAACGCCAGCACAUAUCGCGGGGUGGUUCGAGAUACGCUCAAGAAGCACAAGAGACUUCCUCCUAGCUCUCAGAUCUCGAACCUCAACACGGCCAUAUCGAGUCUCAACGGAUAUAUACCCUAUCUUCUCGCUGUAGAUGAUGGCUUGAGCAGCAGAAACCUGCCCAACGGGGAGUUCAUCAGCAUCGUUCUCAAGACAUCCCCGGCCAUCGAAUGGAGACCGACGCUAUCAGGUGACAUUGUUCCAGGACGUGAGAGGGCUCGAAUCAAGAUUUCAUCUCUGGAAUAUGAGAUAUUCUUUGUUCUCUCAACAUUGGGCUUCUCGCAUGUCCUGACUGCCCGAUCUGCUUUACAGCCCCUCUAUUCGACCAACGGCGAGUUUCUCGGGGCACAAGGUAGAACGACUGCAGUCACUUCAGCGACAAAAUCACUGCUGGAGGCCGCUUCUGUGUACGACUAUCUUGCUGGACGAGGAGAACACAUCACAACGAGCCCGCCAUGCGCCGACGUCUCACCUGGUACAGCCCGAGCUCUCUCAUGCCUGGCCUUGGCAGAAGCAACUUUGCUUGCCGUUCUCAAGGAUGAUCCAUACCCAGCGAUUGUCGCUCAGGACAGGAACAAGAAUGACAAGGAGUGGAUGUUCAAAGCACCAGAUAUUCCAAAAGUCCGCGCUCACCUUUACGCCCGUCUAUGCUUGGCAGCGUCAGAACAUGCUGCCAAGGCAUCUUCCCUAUGCAGCUCAGCCGGCUCAGGAUCUCACAAGAUCAACAGCGGGCUACUAAAGUACCUGGAUGAUCUUCGCCGAACAUGCCGGGCCCGCGCUUGUCGGUUCUUCGGUAUUGACGCUGAGCUGGGAGGGCAGACGGCUGAAGGCAUCGGAUGGGUUCGCGCCGGUCUUUCAGAGUUGGGCGUUGAGGUCAAGGAUAGCAAAAAGGGCCUCAGCUUCAGCCGGUUCAAGAAGGAUAUCACGGAGAAGCGAGAGGAUCGACGGGUGGAUAAGGAGGCUGCAUGGGGAGCUGAUGCAGGCAAGUUGGAGGAAACUCGCAUCCUGGAGAUGCUCGACGCCAAGUGGAACAAGAUCAACGAUACGAUGAACACGCAAGCCAUCCCUCCCGUCAACACACUCCUGAGCAAGAUGCCAUCAGGGCGUGAGAUUCACAGCAUCAAGCCGUAUGAGCCUCCUUCCCUUGACAGGGAUGUCCUGGAAGCCAUGCGAGCUCCCCCAGAGGAAGAUGAUGGCUUCGUUGAUGACUUGAGUUCGGAUGAUGAGAUCAGAGGAAGCCCAUCGGCUCCAGUUGGUGCGUUCCCAGGAUCUGCGGCGGAUUAUGCACGGAGUACAAGCACAAGCACGCCUGGCAACGUAUACUACUAG